ACUGUACAGCUAAAUUGUGCGAGGGUUUAUGGCAGACCUGAAGUAUGGAUUUGAACGUUAUUUAUUUUGAAUUGUCAGUAUGGCAAGUGUCGAGAGUUCUACAACUUUAGAGACGAUUCCUGAGAUCCCCAAGAACUCGAACGACAAUCGUGAAGCUUCUGCUGCAGUCAACAACAUUCAAAAUGGCGGCCAUGUUGUUUCUUCAGUAACCACAACUCCAACUCAACAAAAUCCUAUCACGCUACUUCUUCCCACUGUACCGGCCACGCAAGUUGUGACCACAGCAAAUGGCAUGGUUCAAAAAAACCUUGCUAUCCUUCAGAAUACAACUAAGCCAAUACCCGCCAGUGUAUUCUCCUACAGAUUUGCUUCUCCGACAAGCAACCAGACUCCUUACUAUGUGUCGUCAGAUAUAGUGCUGAGUGGGGGCAUCGCCCAGCAGACCAGGAGAAGGAUUGUGCACAAUGAAGUGGAACGAAGGCGGAAAGGCAAAAUAAAUAACUGGAUACUGAGGCUUGCAAGUGUUGUACCACAGUGCAGCUGGGGAAAGCAGAGCAAAAACAUUGUGCUCGAAAAGACAGUUGACUACAUCAACGAUGUCAAAACCCAACUGAAGGAGUUAAAUGAUUUGCAACAAAGAGAACAGAAACUUGCUCAAGAAAAUGAACUCCUAAAAACCAGACUUGGAACGGUGACCAAGGAAAACAAACAGCUACGAGAUUUGUUAAAGAAAAAUGAUAUAGUGCUUCCUGGAAAUUUUCCAUCAACACCAAACGCCUUAUCAGCGUCAGAAGCGGUCACAUCAGGUACAGCUGAUACCCCUGUGACUGUGUCCGCAGAGGCGCCAAACAUAGCAGAACUGUCCACCAUGGCUGGAUCCAAUCCAUUACAUGUAUCAGCUCAGACAGUGACUAACUAUGUAGUUCCUUCUGUUUCCACGACUACCACAGCUGUCAUGAACCAGCUUCCAAUAACCUCAAUUGCUAUUUCAUGUCCGGCGAGAGAGCAAUCGAGGAGAGAAUCGGUGGCGUGUUUAGUGCCGUUUACCAUGACAACGAACCCAAUAUCUUUAACAACAACAACAACGUCUGUCGUUUCCCCAAUUUUGUCAAGCUCUGUGGUACAAGCCUCAGCGAUGUCUGUAAAUGCGCAGAUCAGUGGACACAACCAUUAUCAGCCGCUGUUAGACCAAGUUACAACAACAAGUGUUUGCCAGCACAGUCCAAGCAUUCCCACUCAACCUGAGUUGAACCACGUACAAGGAAAUCUAAGUAGUUUACCGAAUCCAAAUCCCAUUUCAAAUGCCCCAGUUACGCAAUUUACCACUAACUUAGGUUAUCCUUUAACUCAGCAAGCUUUGCAAACUGUAAGCACUUCCUCACAAGUUUUUCAACCCCAAGCAGGAUACUCCCAGCACAGUGUAGCCGCUAUUAUGAAAGUUGCCCUUCAGCCGGGGACAUCCGUAUCUCCCAUUAGUGUGGUGAACGCCGUUCCUCUCGUUGCUACAUCCUCAGGACACAACACCAGUGCCAUCUUAAAUCUUCCUCCCGCUGUGGUCAACUCAACCACUGCCGUUCCAAGCGCGAUUGUGGUGCCUUCGUCGGUACCCAUGGCUCUUCCAGUGUCCAACAACCUCGCGACUGCGCACUCUGAAGUCGUCAAUACUGUUGAGUCACAGACUAGCAGCUUACCAACAAUUUAUGUCACUGCUGCUCCGCGCCAGACUGCAGCUGUCGCUAAGGUGAACAGUAAAGGAAAUUCGUCACGGCUUAAAACGUCAAAUGAUACAAGUAAGGGGCAAACAGGAAAUAAGACAAAAAAAUCAGGGCCUGCGAACAAGAAUCCCAAAAAAUCUACCUCUUCAAGUCGAACUCAAAACGCAAAGAGAAAUUCUCAAAUCAAAGCCCCGUCUAAUGGCGGCAAAACUGGUUCGUUUACAAAUAAACGUGCAACUGAACAUUUGACUGAUUCAAGUGAGGCUCCCGUAGCAAAGAGAAACAACGCUUGUGGCUCUCAAGAGUCUCAGGGAAAUAUAAGUAUUUGUCAACCCCAGCAAGAAAUUAUGACAAUACACACUUUCAACGUGAAUGCUUUAAUACCAGGAAUAGCGUCUCAAGCGUCUGUCCCGACUAGCACUAUUGCUACAGUUGUUCCUAAUAGGACAGACUGCGGUGGAAUCGGUAAAACUACUAAUCAGGUCUCUAGUUUGGGAAUGAGUCAGAGUGUUCAGGUACCUCGUUUGUCGCACAGUAUUGCCUCUUUAGCAGGGUUACCCAGGAGCAUGGGGCUUUCACAAACCUCUUCAGACCUUCAACAGCAUCAACACGUUCCCCAGCUUGGGUCUGCUGGCAGCCUAAGCUUCUCGGCCGAGUCGCUACUUGCUUCAAGUGAAGUCGUCUUGCCAAACAUUCCUCACAUAACAACCACUUCUGUCAAUUCUGAAAAUAACCCUAGCCAUCCUAGUGGUUUAAACAUGGCAAUGUCAUCAUCGAUGCACAGCACGCCCAGUGAUCAAAACCACACCCAAGGGUUUUCAAAUUACUCUGCAGAGACGCUUAUUGGCGGGAAUGACCUGAUGAGUGACUCGGUCAUGUCACAGGAAUCUCAACUUCAUACUCGACCGUCCAGGACAACCUAUUCAGACUUCUCCGCCGAAUCUUUGAUUGGCUCCAGCGAUUUAAACUCGGGGCUGUCUUACGCAAUAGACAAUCUCAUUUCUUCACGCUCGGAUGCGAAUUACAACAGCACCGCUAUGGUGUCUGUGAACCCAAACUUGCUUCAUUCUGUGAAGGCAAAUGUCGGCCAAGAAACCGGUGCGAAUCAUUUACGAACGAUGGCGAACAUCGCGGAUCUUGGCGAACAGAAAACAACAUUGUGUAGUAGUCAACCAACGGUAAUGUACAACAAUCCGUUGCCAAACAGCACAUACGGAAUAGCAGCGACAAAUUCCUCACCUCAGUUUACGUAUGUACAUAAUAGCUCUCAGAGAAGAUCUACAGACAGCGUAACGCCACAACAUCAAACUGUUAAUGUGACAAACAAUGUCUCCGUCGCGCCAUCCACUAGUUUUUUAAAACAUUCCGUGGACAGUAUCACAUCUUCAUUAUAUGCGGUUAGUAACGCGGGCUCAAGUUUCUCCGUGGGGUCAAAUACGGUUUCUGGAAACUCGUUUCCAGGAUCCGGCUCGUUCGGAGUGGAGUCUCUCACAGGAAACCAGCUUUCUUUUGGUUCGUUGCCAAACCCUUUUUCACCGACAAGACCUUUUUUCAACCAUAGCUCUACUAUGGGAAGUUUCGUGUGACUUCUUGUGUUCUUCGAAUUUUCUUCUCAAAGGCGGACCAUGUCCUAUGGGCUCGUACUGCAUUACCAUGUGACAUGACAACUCAAUCACGCCUCACAUAUAACUCAAGAGUUGUGUGACAAAUCACGUCCUCGCAUUUGAGUUGUCACGCUGUAGCUACAGAGCUUUGCAUAACAUGAAAGCAUUGCGUUUCAGAAGUAAGAUAACGUUUUCGUUAAGGUGACCUUUGAAUUUCUUGGCCAUAAAUGAGUUUUUCUCGGCUCAUAAAGUAUUUAUUUACUGAAUUUAUGAAAGACUCCUAAUUGUUUGCUAGAAAUUUCUGCUUAAACAACCAGUCACUGCCUCACUUAUUUUGCGUAGCGAAUUACAGUAACAGGGAUCUUUUUUUUUUCAAGUUUGUGAUCAACUACUCAAAUUAUUUCUUGAAGGAGUCGUAUCUUUUUUAUACAGGGGUACUAUCGUUGGUUUAUUUUCUCAAAAGAACACACAGUACGGGAUUGAUUAAGGUAGGAUACAUAGAUUUGGUUUAGCUGAAUCUGUGAAUCCUGAAACUUUUAUCCAUCAAGUCUAAACGAAGGAGCUUUCUGUUAUAAAUGUCCUAAGCUUCUGAUAAAAAUGCAGAAAAGAUUUGCCGGGAUCUUUUUGUCGUUACUUUUUCCUAAAGAAUGUAAUUAUCGUGUUUUUAGAGCAUUAGGAUGAUAUAUAUCGGAAAUAUCAUUCUUUGGUUUAGUUGACUAAAAUAUUAAGACCAGUUUUCGUGUAAAGCGAAAGGGCAUUUUUUAACUAGCAAAUUUCACAUUAUUUAACUAUAGA